UCAGUUCGCUGAGUCGCUGCCAUGUCGGGCCGCGGGAAGCAGGGCGGGAAGGCGCGCGCCAAGGCCAAGUCGCGCUCGUCGCGGGCCGGGCUGCAGUUCCCCGUGGGCCGCGUGCACCGCCUGCUGCGCAAGGGCAACUACGCGGAGCGGGUGGGCGCCGGCGCCCCGGUGUACCUGGCGGCCGUGCUGGAGUACCUGACGGCCGAGAUCCUGGAGCUGGCGGGCAACGCGGCCCGCGACAACAAGAAGACGCGCAUCAUCCCCCGGCACCUGCAGCUGGCCAUCCGCAACGACGAGGAGCUCAACAAGCUGCUGGGCAAGGUGACCAUCGCGCAGGGCGGGGUGCUGCCCAACAUCCAGGCCGUGCUGCUGCCCAAGAAGACCGACAGCCACAAGGCUAAAGCCAAGUGAACGCAUCUAAGACUAAUCAAAAGAAAAAAAAAAGGACAAAAAAGGCUCUUUUCAGAGCCACUCACAAUGAUCAUAAAGGGUUGAGUUGCUCUCUGCGGUUUCGGUUUCUCUGAUGAAUGCAAGCCGAAUCAUGUACGCCGUUUGUUUGGUUUUUUUGGACUGUGCGUGCCUCUGCUAUGCUACUCUCCCUUCCUGCCUAUUUUUUAAAAGGAGGUUGCUUUUUUGUUAAUACUAAAUGUUACUUAAAAAAUUGUGCUGAUCUACUGAGGUAUUUAAUUUAGUUGUUUGUUGCCUUUUAUAACUUUUUCCUAUUUUAAUAAAAUAUGCUUUGAGAAAGUGUGCACUUUUAA